AUGGAGAACGUAGCACCAAAAGGUCUGCUGCUCGUAAACGAGACUUCAGACGAGGUAUCAGCUGUUCCGUUGAUGUUAUCCACGAUGAAGCGCUUAUCACAACAAAGCUUUGAUAUUGUGGCAAUUUUGAACUUCUCAAGCAAAAAGAGGAUUCAGGAGAGGUUUACCAAGGUUGGGUAAGUUAUUUUGGCUCAAAUUUAAAAAAUAUCAUAGCUUUUAGUUAUGUUAAUCCAAAUUUAAAAAAAAGUCAUUUUUUCAGAUUAUCGUCGGUAACAACAUUAAAACUACCAAACAUCGACCAAAUUUCUGCAUUUUUCUCCGAAAUCCCGUCAAAACUGGCUCAUUUACAAAAACCAGUGUUAUACCUCGAAAACCUCAAUGUAUACUUAUCGAUACUUGGAGUAGAUCCAACAAUACGACUGUUGAAUUUGUUGGCAGCUCAAUUUCCAAUCUACACUGUGAUAAAAGGCGAGAAUCUAAAGGAAUUGACCGAAAAUCGUUUGAAUUUCGUGGCUAACGCCGUUCUAAAGUUGAGAACGGAGAAGAAAUCGACCAAGAAUCUGUGUGAAACGACUCUCAGUAAAAAGGAUGGAGCAGUUAAGAGCUAUGUAGGUUUUAAAGUAUUUUGGCUAAAAUGGUAUAUUAUACUUGGCAAAAAUUUGAUAUUAUACUUAAAAUCGUUGCUAAAACUUCUACUUUUAGCUAGAAGAAUACACGAUAGACCCGCAAACCUUCACCAUCGAUUCCAAGAAGUACUCGCCGGAAAAGAUCGACUACACGGAACCAUCAGUACCAGAAACCUCUUCUCAAUUGCCCAAAACAACCUUCGAUAUGGGUCUGAAUCUGCGUGAAGACGAAGCCGAAGCCAAGAAGUCAACAAAACUGCCAUUUUUGAAUGCACAAAACGAGAAAGGUCUUGUGAAUUUGAACAUAAAUACGGGGAAAAAGGUCCGCGCCGGCGGACAGAUCAUCUACACGCCGGAUCGGGACGACGACUUGGAUGACAGUGAUCCGGAUGAUGACUUGAUGAUAUAA